AUGGGUGAUUGCUUGGAAGGCCCCUGUCCUUCAGGGGGCCCGUCUGCAGCAGGGGAAUUGGCAGGCGGAAGCAGCGUAUGCACUAAAGAGAUGACCUUGGAGCAAAAACAACAGCUACUGUUUGCACCAUUCCAAAUGCAUGCAAAUAAAUCCAGAAAGAAAGUACAACAAAUUGAACGACAGCUAAAAUGCUUGGCAUUUCAAAAUCCAGGACCUCUGCUGGCAGAUUUCAACCCAGAAACUCGGGAACAACAAAAGAAAGUCUGUAUGUCAAUGAUAAAUCAGGAUUGUUUUAAUACGACAAAGAAGACUGUGAAGAAAUAUGACAAACACGGCCAUCUGAUUUCCAAUAAAGCAGAUUUGUGUGAUUGUCUAGAGAAGAACUGCCUGGGCUGCUUUUACCCUUGUCCUAAGUGUAAUUCAACCAAGUGUGGAGCAGAAUGUCGCUGCAACCGGAAAUGGGUAUAUGAGCAAAUUCAGGUGGAGGCUGGCCAAACCAUCCGAUUUCCAUUUCGAAACAACUAG